AUGGAAUCUAAGGCGAGGACAAAUAAUGUGACUGAGUUUAUAAUCGUCGGUCUUUUCCAGGACCCACAGGUGCAGAGAGUGUGCUUUGUGCUGUUUCUUCCUGUGUACCUGGCCACGGUGCUGGGCAACGGCCUCAUCGUGCUGACGAUCACCAUCAGUAAAAGUUUGAAUUCGCCCAUGUACUUCUUCCUUAACUAUCUGUCCGUGGUGGAGAUUAGUUACUCCUCUACCAUUGUCCCUAAAUUCAUCACAGACUUACUUGCCAAGAUUAAAACCAUCUCCCUCGAGGGCUGUCUGACCCAGAUAUUCUUCUUCCACUUCUUAGGGGUUACUGAGAUCUUCCUGCUCACAGUAAUGGCCUAUGACCGCUACGUGGCCAUCUGCAAACCCCUUCAUUACACAACCAUCAUGAGCCGGUCUGUGUGUCGUGUUCUGGUGGCUGGCUCCUGGCUCGGGGGAUUUAUUCACUCCAUAGUUCAGAUUUUUAUUACUGUCCAGUUGCCCUUCUGUGGUCCCAAUGUGAUUGACCACUACUUCUGUGACCUCCAUCCCUUAUUCAAGCUUGCCUGCAAGGACACCUCAGAGGAGGGGUUUAUUGUUUUGGUGAACAGUUUGGUUGCUCCCUUUGCCUUCUUCUUCUUGGUGUUCUCCUAUAUCAUCAUUCUGGUCCAUUUGAGGAACCAUUCUGCAGAAGGGCGCCGCAAAGCCCUCUCCACCUGUGCCUCUCACAUCACAGUGGUCCUCUUGUUCUUUGGACCUGCCAUCUUCUUGUACCUGCGGCCAUCCUCCACCUUCACCGAGGACAAACUGGUGGCUGUGUUCUAUACGGUUAUCACCCCCAUGAUGAACCCUAUCAUCUACACACUCAGAAACAAAGAGGUGAAAAUUGCCAUGAGGAAGUUGUGGGGCAAAAAGAACUUGGGAAUGGACUGAAAAUAUGGAAAAGUGAUUAAGAAAUGUAUGU